UGAGAAUGAAAAUAUUUCUUUUCAAGUUAUCGGUUCUGGACACUACUUAACACAAUCUUAGACAAGCAGAGCAAAGUGAUUGGUUGAGGUUCACUGUGAUGUCAUCCAAUAGAUUUGAAGGAGAACUGCUUACAAAAAGCUUGGUUUCAAACCAAAUACUUGUAAGCCUCCUGAAGCAAGGCACAGGGUAUAUAUAUAUAUAUAAGCUUGCAUGUUCUGUAGUAAAAACUUGAUAGAUGACAAUAAGCUCAUAGGAACAACAUGCUGGCUCGAAGAAAAGUAUUUCUGACUUAACUAUACAUCUUCACAUUGGAGAAGUCGCAUUCAAUUAAAGCAGCUGGAUAGUUUUCCCAAGACAGUUCCUGAUCAAUGAUUCCAUUACGCUACAAAGACAGGGAGACAUCAGGAAACAACUGAACAGAAGUUUAGUAGUAAAGGCGAUAUUCAAUACACACACAGAAACAGGCUUUCAGUAGCAAAACUGUUGAAACAAAACUGAGGACUUUUCUUUAUAAAAGCAGCUCAGAAAAAGUUCACUGCAGGUGUACAGACAAGGCAGACGGCUGGAUUCCCACUCAGCUCUGACACAAGGCAAGCAAAACCAGGGAAUCUUGCCAUAACAGUGGGUCUUAAUCAUAACAAGUGCAUUAAAAACACAGGAUAUUGACAAUGAAGUCGGUCUAAUUGGGGCUUGUGUUGCCUAACACCAAACAUAUGGUAUCUUUGGGAGUCAAUAGUCCAAUCAAGAGGAGCGCCAGUCAACUAAGCCAUUGACUUCUAUGGACUCUGAUUGGAUAAUCAAAAAUAUGCCAAGUAAACAGGUUUCUUCAUGCUGUGAUUACAUUAUAAGAAACCUUAACAUAUAACUGACAAGUGAACAGAGGUAUAUAAGAAAAAGACAGAGUGCCAGCAUGCCAGAAGAAUUUUAGAGUUUCAACCAUGUCUCAUCCAUCUUUAGAUGUCACCAUGGCAGAAGGGCCUCAUAUCUGGACUUAUGUCAGUGUUCAAGACUACAACAAAACAGCAGAAAAUGCCAUCGUCAUUGGCCAUGCGAAUUACUCACAGCCUCUGUGUGAAAAAGGACUUGUCUAUGAACAGCAGGAGUCCAUGUUGCAUGAUUUUGCACGUAGCUAUGCACAGUACCAUGGGUAUGUAAGUGCUGUCGUGUGCACAUUUGGCAUCAUUGCAAAUAUUGCAAACAUUAUUACUCUAAAGCACAAGAACAUGAGAUCCUCUAUUAAUUUCAUCCUCACAUGGUUGGCAGUGGCAGACCUGGGUACCAUGCUCUCCUAUCUGCCAGUCUCGGUCCACUUCUACAUCCUCAAAGAUCCCAUCCUGGAUGUUCUCAAAACGCGCAACAUGCACUGGAUCAGGUUCCUCCAAUUCCACAGCAGUUUUACAAUAGUGUGUCACACUGUUGCAAUAUGGUUAACCAUAGUGUUGGCAAUAUUCCGUUUUCUGUAUAUGCACUAUCCCUCGGAUGGGCCCCGUCUCUGUAGCAUGAAACGCGCCCAGGCGACUGUGGCCCUGGUAUAUAUCCUUCCUGCAAUUGUUUGUUUACCAAACUAUUUGGUGAAUGGGGUCAAAAGAUUCUGUGACACCAGGGAGUUACUGGUCACCUCUGGUAAUAAGACCCACCCACAUGCAUCCAUGCUUAAUGUGACUUCUUUCAUAUAUGGGGUGGACAACAGUGAACUGGCCGAGAGGUACCAUGUAAUUGCUGAAAUAAACUACUGGCUGCAAGCAGUCCUGGUGAAACUGAUCCCAUGCCUUGUACUGACAAUUCUAACAGUCUUGCUCAUUCUCAUCAUACACAAGGCCAAUCAAAGAAGAGCAAGGUUAAUGUCAGAGGGGCGCCGUGACGAGUCAGAACGCCAUCGAGAAACCAAUCGUACCACAACCAUGUUGCUUUUAGUUGUGAUGCUGUUCUUAAUCACAGAGCUACCGCAAGGCAUCAUGACAAUUCUAAACAGCAUUAUUCCGAAUUUCUUUCAAAGCGUGUAUAAUCCUUUAGGAGACAUCAUGGACACUGUGGCACUGUUAAAUAACUCGAUAAAUUUUGUUCUCUACUGCACAAUGAGCAAACAGUUUAGGGACACCUUUAUCAGUAUAUUCUUUGCCUGGUGUCCAGAGCGCAGAAAGCCUGGCUGGUUGAAGCUGAAGGUGGUAAGAGCAACACUGAAUGGACAUAGCACCACAGACAACACUGGCAUGAGCUAUGUGUAGCUACCUAGGAAACUGUAGGCAUGAUUGACUGCUGUUUGUGUAAAUAAAAACUUAAAGAGAGAUCUCCAGUUCAUAAAUUUGUGGAUAUGCUAAAAAAUGGAAUCCGAUUCCAAACAAUUUCAAUUACCAAGAAUCAAAACUGGUUGUAUCAUAAAUUCAACCAUUUGCUUCAAGGAACAUUUUAAAGAAUGUUUUACUUGUCAUGCUUGUCUGUAACGAAGCUCAUCAUAUGUGAAUACCUCAUAUACAAGGCAAUCGACAUGUUAAGGUAUAGUUGGUAACUUUAUUAUCAAAUCUUGAUCACAGACAGUAACUUGCUGACAGACAGUAACAAUGAGAAGAUAACAAUAUGAGUAAAUGGCUUAGUCACAGCAAAUUGAUGUCAAUGUGGAUCGGUGCUUUUGAGGACUCAUAUGACAAGUAAGGUGAAAAACCAUAAUGAUCACUGCUCAUAAAAUGGCAUCUAAUGAUUUUGGUGCAAUGUCACUGUACAGACAACAGGUGUGUACGAAUGGCAAACUGGUUACUACAGGAAAAAAAACUUCAAGGUUAAAAUGAAGUGAAUAUGUAUAUAUUUUCAUCAAAACAUCUCAAUGUGUUUUCAUACAUGGUGUAAAUAGAGAAAUUCUGUUACUUGCUAUAUUGUUGAGGUAUACAGGUGACAGACAAGGUGAUUGCUUAAGCUUCACUGAUGUGGUGAAAUAAGACUGUACUUUUUCAGGGACAACAGACUUAUCAAAUUUUCAUGUUCUUGAAGUAAUAUUCACAAAUAGCUGCUAUUAAUAUUUCAACAAGCACCAACACAUACGUAAGUUAAUUGGACAGUUAAUCUUAAUUAUUUCAUUGUAUUCCUGGUGCAAUAAAUCAACAGUUACUGAUAAAAGUACAGGUAAAUUAAUAUAUAUAUAUAUAUAUAUAUAUAUAUAUAUAUAU